CAUUGUAACUUUGUAGGAGGAGGAGGAAGCGCUCCUCCCCUCCAGUCUUGCACAGGCGUACCGGCUCCUCCCCUCCAGUCUUGCACAGGUGUACUGGCUCCUCCUCUUCAGUCUUGCACAGGUGUACCGGCUCCUCCUCUUCAGUUUUGCACAGGUGUACCGGCUCCUCCCCUUCAGUCUUGCACAGAUGUACCGGCUCCUCCCCUUCAGUCUUGCACAGGUGUACCGGCUCCUCCCCUUCAGUCUUGCACAGGUGUACCGGCUCCUCCCCUCCAGUCUUGCACAGGUGUACCG